AUGACGGCGGUGGCGCCGGCUUUCUGGGGCGCCGUGCCGCCCGCCCAUGCGCCAGCCGAAGCGCCUGUGGCGCCGCCGCAGGAGCAGCUACCCGACGCCGCCUUUUCCAAGCCGCCCCACGAGCGCUUGGAAUCCGAGGUCACCUCCAUUGCAGUGCUGCUGAGGCGCGCGCCGUUCUACGCGCGCCUUGCGCCCGGCGCUCAGCGCUGCGCGGCCCGGCACGCGCGGCUUUUGAGGCUGCACGAUGCGUCCGAGCUGCCCAGCGCGCCGCACCACGAGUCAUCCCUGUUCACGCUGAUAUCCGGCCGCGCCUGGCUGGUGCAAGGCAGCGCUGACGAUCCGCUCAUCUCGCGGGUGCGGGAGCAGCAGCUGCAGGAGCAGCAGCGGCGCGAGCUGGCAGCGGCUGCAGCGGUGCUGCGGGAGGGCGGCGCCGGCCAGCCGCCGACGGCGGCGGCGACGAGCGGUGACAGGGAUCAGCCGUUCUGGCGGGGUGUCAGGGACGCGGCGGCCGAGGAGCACAGGCGGCGGGUCCAGGGCGGAGGGCCCGCGGGCGCGGACGCCCCCCUCAGUGAGGGUUCAGGGGAUGGGGAGCAGCGCGGCGGCGGCGUCAGUGCGACGCUUGUCGAAGAGCUCAGCAGCUUCAGUGGGAACGAGCUCGAGUGGUCCGAUCUGGGAGGGCCGUCUGCCGCGGCGCUGCUGCAGGAGGACGGCGGCCAGCAGCAGGCGGAGGGCGCCGGCCUGCCGCCGCGCUUCCUGGCAGCGGUCUCGGAGGACGGCGGCGCGGCGGCGGUGGCGUGGAUCGGUCGGUGCGCCCUGGGAGAGGUGCUGCGGCUGAACGCUGAAGCCCACGUGGCAUCCGCCGUCGCCGCCUGCUGCCGCGUCCCGUCGCUGCGCCACACCCCAGUGCGAGAGCUCACGCGCCUGGCUAGACACCUCCGCAAGGCGGGAUUUGAGCCUGGUGAUGCGUUGCUGCACCAAGGCAAAGAGAUCGGCGGCGUGUUCAUCCUGACAGCAGGCGCAGUCCAGCUGCAGGUCGCCGCGCGGCCGACCCCUCAGGCGGCGACGGCGCCGGCGGCGGGGCCGGCCGGCGGGGGUGCGGACGGGGGGGCGGAGGCCGCAGCAGCGACCCGGCGAUCGCCUGCUGCUGCGCCGCCGAUCAUCCUGGGCACCAGGGGCCCGGGCGCAAUGCUGGGCACAGAAUUCCUGCGUGAGCGCCACAGCGCCUGCAGCGCCGUCGCCCUGACGCGCGUCUGCGCGCUGCGCCUGCCGCCCCACAAGCUGGCGCAGCUGCUGGACCCCCUGACGCUCCGCCUCCUGGCGCGCCUGCGCCCGCAGCUCGGCGGCGCGGCGGCAGAGGCGCUGCUGUCAGAGGCGGGCGCGGCGGAGGAGCGGGCGCGGGCCGCGGCGGAGCACCGGGCGGCGGUGCUUGCGAGCGUGUACGAGGGGGCGGCGGGCGGGAGAGGCGGCGGCGGCGGCGCGGCCGCGGACGGCCGCGGCGCCCAGGGGGCGCUGAUCCCGCGGGGCGGGGCCGAGGGAGGCGGCGGCACCGCCGGCGGCGCGCCGCUGCUGCGGGCGGCGGACGGGGCUGAGGCACACACGGACCUGUGGGAGGCCGCCUGUGUCGGCGUGGUGGAUCUGAUCCCGGUGGAAGGCCAGCAGCCAACCGCAGACGACGAGGCGCUGGCGACGGCGAUCGACGACGGUGUCGCGAAGUUCGUUGCCGUGGUGCACGACGCCGGGCUGCGGCUGGUGCGGUGGGGGCCGACGCGCUACAUUCUGUUGUGCGAGCUGCCCAGUUUUGAAGGGGAUGGCGGCGCCGGCGACGCAGCGGGCGGGGGUAGCGGCGAGCGCGCCGCCGUGCGCGGCGCGGCCAACUGCCUGCUGGCUAUGCAGCAGCGGCUGGCUGGCGUGGUGUGCCGGGCGGCCUGCCCCCAUUUGAGGUUCUGCGCCGGCUUUGCCCUUGGCAACUGCUUCCAAGAGGCUGUGGCUGACCGCAGCAGCUUGUCCCUGGGUGGUGGGUCAGAGGCCUGGGUCGCGGCCGCGUGCAAGGGCGCCGGCAGCGCGGCGGGUGCAGGGCGGUUCGCGGCGACGCUGAGCCCGGCGACCCCCUCGAUCGGCCUGUCGGCCUGCGGGUUGUGGCAGCUGCCAGAUCUGGACCAUCUGCAGCAGGCCGAGUCCCUGGCGGCCGGCUUCAACCACCUGACGUCCCUCAUGCCGCCCGCAGCGGCUCAACAUGGCGACCCCCCUCAGCUGGCCACCGCGUUGCACGCGUGCAGCUCAAGCGCCUCCCUACCGCGCUCCGCCGGCCUGCUGUGCACCCUAGGCGUCGCGCCGCUGGGCGCGGGCUCCAUCGCGCGGGGGAGCGGCAUCGGGCGCCUGCCGCCGCGGCUGCGGGUGCUGAGCCUGUGCUUCAACGAGGUCGAGUCGCUGCCGGCCCACUUGGUGGGGGCGCUGCCCCGCCUGGAGGAGCUGGACCUCAGCUUCAACAGGCUGUCCGAGCUGCCCCCAAACAUCGGAGACUGGCCAAACCUCCGUUCGCUGUCCCUCGGCCACAACCACCUGCAGCAGCUGCCCGGCAGCUGCACCGCCCUGGUGUCGCUCGAGGCCCUGGAUGUCAGCAGCAACGGCCUGCUGGCGCUGCCCCAGGGGCUGCAGCACCUGCAGAAGCUGGAGCUGCUGCACGCGCAGGGCAACCAGUUGACCGGGGUCCCGUCAGGGAUCACUGCGUUGACUGCUUUGACCGACCUCGACCUGUCAACCAAUCAGCUGCAACCCGGGGGGCUGCACGCGGGCGUGCUGGCAGCGCUGACAGGGCUCGUGAGCCUGCGCUUGGCGGACAACGCCGGGCUGUUUACCGAGCUAGCGCACUGCAGUCGCGGGGAAGGAGGCGGCGGGAUGGCAAAUUUGAUGCCUCGCCGUGCGGCGCAGCAGCAGCAGGCGGCGUGGCUGGACGCAUGGAUGGUUGGGCCGCCUCAGCCUCCGGAUGCAGUGACAGCGGCCAGUCGAGAGGGCGGCGUCCACAGCGGCAGCCCAGCUUUUGGUGGCGGCGGCUGCGGCGGCGGCGCAGCAGGCGCGCCGGGGCAGCGGCUCCUGCAGCUGCGCCGCCUGGACGUCUCUGGCACCAGCCUUGCAGAGCUGCCGGCCUGGCUGUCGCCCAGUGUGACGGAGCUGCGGGCGGCGCGCAACCGCCUGCAGGAGCUGCCCGGCUCGGUGUGCGCGCGGCUGGCGGGCAGCCUGCGCGCCCUUGACCUGCGGCACAACCCGGUGCAGCGCGUCCCGAGUGACAUCACGCACCUGCUGCAGCUGCAGCUGCUGCUUUUGGAGGGCUGCCCCUGCGCCUGCCCCGAGAUGGGGGGUGGCGACGCGUGCGGCGGCACAGCUUGGGAGGGGGUGCCGGCUGAGGGGUCGGCCGCGUGGGCGGCAGGCUGGCUGGCCGCCCGCAAGGCCGGCCGCCCUUGGCCGCCGAGGCCGGGCCGCUGGCGGCUGCCGGCGGCGCUGCUGUUUGUAGCAGGCGUGCCGCUGGCGCCGCGGGAGUCGUCGCCCAGCGCAAGGCAGCCCGCGGCGUCGCAGUUGCGGCUCAGAGUGCAGGCGGGUGACACACCUGCGGAGGCCGGCGCUGAGGCUGCUGCGACGCCAACGGCCCAGCCUACCGCUGCUUUUGGCAGAGGUCGGCGGCGCGCGGCGGUCUGCUCGCAGCCUGGCGGCACCGAGUAA